GGUGUCUUUUAUGAAUAAUCAAAAGCCGCAGAAGCCGACGCUAUCAGGCCAGCGUUUUAAAACGAGAAAAAGAGAUGAAAAAGAGAGGUUUGACCCUACCCAGUUCCAGGACUGUAUUAUUCAAGGUUUAACUGAAACUGGCACUGACUUGGAGGCAGUAGCAAAGUUUCUUGAUGCUUCUGGUGCAAAACUUGACUAUCGCCGCUAUGCAGAAACUCUUUUUGACAUCCUGGUGGCUGGCGGAAUGCUGGCCCCAGGUGGUACUCUGGCAGAUGACAUGACGCGCACAAAUGUCUGUGUAUUUGCAGCACAGGAAGACCUAGAAACCAUGCAGGCAUUUGCUCAGGUUUUUAACAAGCUAAUCAGGCGUUACAAGUACCUGGAGAAAGGCUUUGAAGAUGAAGUCAAAAAGCUGCUGCUGUUCUUGAAAGGGUUCUCGGAGUCUGAGAGGAACAAACUGGCCAUGUUGACGGGUAUUCUGCUAGCCAACGGGACACUUAAUGCAUCCAUUCUCAACAGUCUUUACAAUGAGAACUUGGUUAAAGAAGGUGUUUCUGCAGCUUUUGCAGUCAAGCUGUUCAAGUCAUGGAUAAAUGAGAAAGAUAUUAACGCAGUGGCUGUCAGUCUUCGUAAAGUAAACAUGGACAACAGGCUGAUGGAACUUUUCCCAGCCAAUAAACAAAGUGUUGAACACUUCUCCAAGUACUUCACUGAAGCAGGACUGAAAGAACUUUCUGAGUAUGUUCGGAACCAGCAAAGCAUAGGAGCUCGCAAAGAGCUGCAGAAAGAACUUCAAGAGCAGAUGUCACGGGGAGAUCCGUUCAAGGAUAUAAUCUUGUACGUGAAGGAGGAGAUGAAGAAAAACAACAUCUCAGAACAGACCGUGGUAGCCAUAAUCUGGUCAAGUGUAAUGAGUACAGUGGAAUGGAACAAAAAGGAGGAGCUGGUAGCAGAGCAAGCCAUUAAGCACUUGAAGCAAUACAGCCCUCUACUCGCUGCCUUUACUACCCAAGGCCAGUCAGAGCUGACUCUUCUGCUGAAGAUUCAGGAGUAUUGUUAUGACAACAUUCACUUCAUGAAGGCCUUCCAGAAAAUAGUGGUGCUUUUCUAUAAAGCUGAAGUGCUGAGUGAAGAACCCAUCCUGAAGUGGUACAAAGAUGCGCACCUUGCAAAAGGAAAGAGUGUGUUUCUGGAGCAAAUGAAAAAGUUUGUUGAGUGGCUCAAGAAUGCUGAAGAAGAGUCCGAGUCUGAAGCUGAAGAGGGUGACUGACCUGUGAAACUCUGUCCUCAGUAAAGCAAACAGCUGUAGAUAAGA